GUUGAUUUACAUAGUGACUUUCAAUGGUAAAUCCGAAAUUAGGCGCAAAUGAGAAGGCCAUUCACCAAAUCCCACCACCCAACAAAAUCAUCAUCACCAACAAAGAUAUCGCUUAGGCUGAGACUCACGACGCAGGUUACAAGGUAAAGCAGAGCGAAUCCCCUACAACCAGCCCAUCAAUGGCUGUCUCAGCUGCGGCGAGGGCCGUGCUCAUCUCAACCGCCGCCGAUUUUUCCCUCAGAACGACAUCCCGGCCGUCCCUGUCCCCUCCCAUCCACCACCUCCUCAUACGCCCCUUGCUCGCCGCCGCCGCCGCCGCGGCCCCCAAGAAGCGGGCCGCCGCAAUCAGCUGCCUGAUUUCCGGCGUCGACGGUGGCGGGGUCUCCGACGAGUUCGUUUCCACCAGAAAAUCCGGCUUCAGCCGUGAAUUCUCCGUCAUAGCGAACAUGCUGAAGAGAAUCGAGCCCCUCGACAAUUCAAUUAUCUCCAAGGGGAUCUCGGAUUCGGCUAAGGACUCCAUGAAGCAGACGAUUUCAACUAUGCUCGGGCUUCUUCCGUCCGAUCAGUUUUCUGUCACCGUUAGGGUUUCAAAACAGCCCCUCGAUCAUCUCUUAGUCUCCUCCAUAGUCACUGGAUACACACUUUGGAAUGCCGAGUAUAGAAUAUCUUUGAUGCGGAAUUUUGAUAUGUCGCCUGAUAGUUCCGAAAGUUCCGAUUUUGUCGAUAAUGAUGGGGCCUCGGAGGUGAGGUGGGAGGCCGGUGAUGGUGGCGGAGAUGACAGAGGCCUUAGUGGUGGUGUUCAAGGGAGUGCAGAUGAAUUGGAGAGAGUGAAUCUACAAAAUGUGAGAGAUUUGUCACCUGAAGCUUUAAAGUAUAUACAGAAAUUAGAAUCAGAGUUGUUGGCUACUAAGCAGGAGCUUCAUGCCCAGAAACAGGAAAAUUUGCAGAUGGAGCGUAUUAAGAAGAGUAGUAACAAUCUUCUGGAGUACCUGAGGUCAUUGGAGCCUGAUAUGGUAAUGGAGCUAUCUAAACCAUCAUCACCUGAGGUGGAAGAUAUUAUCCACCAACUUGCUCGAAAUAUAUUGAUGAGAUUUUUCAAAGAGGAGAUUGUAUCUGAUAACGAGGAUUUGGCUUCGAGCAGCAUACAAGACUGUAAAGACGCGGAUAAUGAGUUUGGUGAUGCCAUCGUUGGUACUUCUCGGGAUUACUUGGCCAAGUUGCUCUUCUGGUGCAUGUUACUGGGGCAUCAUCUUAGGGGUUUGGAGAACAGAUUGCAUCUAAGUUGUGUUGUUGGUUUGUUAUAGCUGAAGCAGAAAGAGGGAGAGAGAUAUAAGUCUGAUCUGACUCUUUUUCUUUUCUUAUUUAUAUUUCUUUGUAAUUCCACCUUGUAUGUGUCAUCCCAAAAAACAGUGCUAAAUAAAAUAUAAAAAAUCGUAAUUGAAUCAUAUGAUUUUGCUUCUAGAAACAUUUCAACACAUACUAACAACGGAUGUGUGUGAGAGUUUGUGUAUACAUAAGCCUGAAUAUUGCUCUGCUUCAUGCCUUGGUAAUAAAUGUAGUUGUUGACAAUUGAUAAUUCAUAAUUUAGACUUUAGAUGUAAAUGCAAGUUGACC